AUACCACCACCCUUCAUCCCCAAUAACACCAUCAAGCUUCAACAAACUCAAGCAAAAACACACAACAAAACCCUUCAAUACCCUCUCUAAACCACUCAAUCAUGUCUUGCUGCAGCGGAAAGUGCGGGUGCGGCUCAAGCUGCUCAUGCGGCAGCGGCUGCAACGGAUGCGGAAUGUACCCUGAUGUUGAGGUUUCGUCCACCACCGUCAUGAUCGUUGACGGUGUUGCCCCAAAACAGAUGUUUGCUGAGGGAAGUGAGGGCAGCUUUGUUGCUGAGGGUGGAAACUGCAACUGCAAGUGUGGUGACAACUGCAAGUGUGGUAACAACUGCAGCUGCUAAGGAUCAAGAUGAAACCAGAAGCCCAAACAAGCAGCAGUGUUUGAAUUAUGUUUGUGUUUUUAUGUUUAUGUGUUGAAUAAGAAUGGAUCCACAUGCAUUUGUGGGUUACAUCCAUGGUUGUCUAAUGUGUUGAAGGUUGUCACUAUGAAGUAUUAAUGGAACAUGCUUUUGUUUGGGUAUCA